AUGCCGGGAGCUAGUCCAAGAGCCCCGAUCGUAAAUAAGAACAUCUCCCCAAAGCCUGAGGCACUUCCAACGCGAAGGUUGGCAGCAGCGCCGGAAAAUUCUGCUGGAGUGGAGGUACUAGGCGAUGCACUAAUGGUAGUUGAUGUAGCGGCUUCCGAGGAAGUUGCAUCUUCUGAAGAUGUGGUCGCCCUUGAUGAUGACGAGGCAAUCCUAGACGUUGAUGCAGGGGCCAAAGUCGAACUCGGUAGUGGUGUUGCCUCAACCGUAGGCGUCUCUGACUGUGUCUCUAGAGCAACGCUGAUCGAGGCACUGAUAGAUUCGGCCGCAGAAUUGGCGGCGCCCACAUCCGAUGCUGUCAGCGAGAAGUAUGUCAACGAGUAG